CCGCCAGCUCAAAGCUCACAUGCAGGAGCAGAGGUGGACGGCCCAGCCCCAGCUGGAUGCGAUGGAAGCUGAGGCCCUGCGGCUGCGCCAUGAGCUCCGUGGUCUGCACGCGAUGAACGCGGAGGCACAGGCCACGCGGGACGCCGCCAAGGAACAGCUGCAGCUGCGAGAGGACAGUCUCUACCGGGAGCGGUACACGCGGGACGUGAAGCUGAUGGAGCUGAAGAAGCAGGCGGAGGAGAGGAGGGCGCAGAACGAGCGGGUGGAGAGACGGGUAAGGCCGGAGGGGCAGGGGCUUGGCCCCCACCCUGGGCAGCCCCUCUCCCCUCCCCGCGUUGGGGGAGAGUCCAGGCUCCCAGCUCCCCCGCUAAGGCUGAUGCGGUGCCUCUGGCAGUCCCCACCCUUGGGGCGCGUCUGUCCCUUCCCCCACCCCCGUCUGCCCAGCUGUGGGUGGUGGGGGAUGGGGGGGAAAACUCUGCCUUGGGCCAGGGCCACCCAGAGCGGUUUCCGAGGGACCCAUUCCAGCCUGUCCUGCUAAUGCCACAAUCUGGGCUUGGCCGGUGGGGGCGGCAGGGGCUGGUCAGCGCGCCCUGUCCCUGAGUGGCUGCCCCUCCUGGCCGGCGUGCAUUGCCCCCUCGUGGCCGGUGAGGGAUUGGGGAUGUGGGAUUGGGGGCGCAGUCGGCGUGCCCUGUCCCCG